ACAAACAACCAGAGAGCAGCCGGUCCAGCGGAAAAGUUUCUAGAACGUCAAACUAGGCAAUACAGCGGUUAAAAAAUAAAACAAACAAAUACAACAGUUUAAUAAAAUAUAUAAAUAUAUAAAGUACAGAAACCCAAAGCAUUUGUCAAGGAAACGUGUUCAAUUACAAACCAAACAAACAAACAAACAACCCCAAACAACCAAUCAACCAAAAACACAAAAAUAUUCAAAAAGUGAUAAGAAAAUAAAUCGAGCAGAGCAGAGCAGAAAAAAAAGAGCUCCUGCCAAGUGAGUGAAGUGACCCUUUGAUUGCGCUAUGUCCGCCGGUUCGCGUAAUAAACACUCAAAGUUCCGUAACGAUGACCAACUCGAUAUAAGCAAGGAAGAAUUCGGCCGGAUCAAGGAGGCCCUUGGCCAGGAGGAGUUCCGCAAGCUCUUCUUCGAAUACGUGGAGGAGAUCCAGGACCCAGCCAACCGAAAGAUCUACGAGGAGGAGAUCACUCAACUGGAAAAGGAGCGCGGCGUCGAGGUGCGCUUCAUUCAUCCGCAGCCCGGAUUCGUGGUGAAGACUUCGUUGGAUGGGGAGCUAAAAUGCUUCAUUAACAUCGCCAGCUCGCCGGAGGUCGAGGCGCCGCACAACGAGGUGGCCAUCAAUCCAGAGAAUGGCAAUCGCGGACUCAGCUGGUACAUUCCCAUGGCCCAAACGGCCUCCAGGGACGAUGCCGAUGCCAAGAACAACCACUGCAAGGUGUUCGACGUGGUCUUCCAUCCGGACGCCCUGCACCUGGCCAAGCGGAAUUCACAGUUCCGCAAGUGCCUCAUCGACACGGCGCUGGACGCAGUCGAACGCGAGUACCAGGUUAGCCUAGACCGCGCCAAUCUUAAGUUCCCCAAGCUGGACUACAAGGGCAUCGCCCGUCCCACUGUGAUACGCAAGCUUGCCGAGAAUCCAACGGCAGAGCAGCUGGAGCCGCACCCCCUGCAGAACAUUUAUCCCACAGCGCCGCCCACCUCCAAUCCGGAACCUCGAGUCCUUCCCAUGAAAACGAAAUCAGCCCCAGUGCCGGAAUUCACGAUCCCCAGGUACUCGAUCAAACACAGUCAUGACGUGGAUCUGUCGGAGUAUACGGACGAGCUGGACGCCAAGCUGCACGUGACGGUGCCGCGUAACUUGGUUGUGGAAAUCGAGCUGCCACUUCUCCGCUCCACGGCCGAGUGUCAGCUGGACGUCACCUCCAAGUCAGUGUAUUUGUUAAGCGAGAAGCCUGGUGCCAAAUAUCGCCUAAAGACAGACCUGCCCUUCACCGUGGACGACAAGGCCGGUAGCGCCCGAUUCGAUACCGAUCUUCGCCGGCUGAGCAUUACGCUGCCCGUGGUCCGAACCAGCGUCCCGCAGCAGCGCGAGAUGCACGACACCCUGCGCCAUUUCACCCGUGAGGACAGCGGCGUGGAACUGCAUUCCAAUAGCGAGUCUCCCGUUGAGGAGGAGGAGGCCGAUGCCGACCUCAGCGACUCCAAAGCUGAUACUUCUGAAACUGUAACGCCAACUGCCACGCCAGUGCAUACUGCCCCUACACCGUUCCUUAAGAAUUCCGUGAAAUACCUGUUGCCCGGAAAGUUCGACUGCAACGUCCUGGACAACGUGAUGGCCUUUGUACUGCAUGUGCCCAACGUGCAGCCCGAUUCCAUCGAACAGCUGAGAGACCAACGAAGCCUCCACAUACAGUUCGCAACCAUCGGCAGUGGUUACUACCCCACCCACUAUGCUUUCUACGUGGAGUUGCCUGCCGACGAGGACGGCGGCUCGGCCAUCGAGAACGUAGAGGCAGAGGCCUGGGACAACAACGUGGUGCUGAAACUGUGUCUCAGCUCCCAGAGCAAGAGCCCGAUCCGCUAUCUGGCCGGCCUGGACGCCACGGAUCUCAACGAGUACCCAGUGCACGGUCAGUAUACCGUGAAAAGCAAACGCAAGGAUGGACAGACCGCUGAGAGUGCUCCGUUGGACGUGAAGUUUGAUCACAACAAGGAAUCUUUGAAGGUUACCAUUCGCCCAGUGCCCAGUGCCACGGAGGAAGACGAAGUGGAGGAGCAGCACGAGGAAAGCCACGAGGAGCAUCAGCCACAUGCUCAGAACAAAAAGCCAAGCAAAAAGCAGCGCAAGCGAAACAAGAAGGAGCGCUCCCUAUCCGAGUCGGCUUGCGAGGACAUCGUACAGGCGCAGCACAUCGAGAACCCGGCACCGCCGGCUAAGAGCUUCUUGAAGCUGCCACAGCGUAAGCAGCGCAGCUACUCGGAAUGCAAUGACAGCAGCGUAGGAAGCGGAGGUUCCCAUCGGGGGAUCCUAAAGCGAUUCAGUCGCUACGGCCCAAGGCCCUCGAUGUCGGACAGCUGCUCCUCCAUCGACGACUGUUCGUCAUCGUACUCUUGCUCUGUGGACGCCUCUGGGGCCUCGCUGUUCUCGCAAUCGUUCGGAGGCAUUCCCGAGGAAGAUCGAUCCGAUGCUGGACUGUCGGAAAGCUGCAAGAAGACUGUUAGAUUUAAUGAUCACAUCAUGAAGCAAGUGUUCCGACUCGACUCGAGCAUCCUGGGCCAACGCAAAAAGAACCAGAAGCGGCGCGAUCUCAAGCUGCGGGCCCAGCAGCGUCGUCUCAGCGAAGGCGAUUCCGUGGAUUACGAGGAGAGCCGUGGCGAUGCCCUCAAGCCACAAGGAAAAGGGUCCAACAAGGGCAACAAACUUCACGACAGCGGGCUGGAUCUGACCGGAACAGCAGCUGCCCACAGCGAUGUGGAUGGGAAGAACGCCAUGAUGUUUGAAAUGGAUGAAGAUGAUGUUAUGUAAAACCAUAAAUAUAUUGAUAUUUUUUUUGAGUGUUUUAGAGGCAAGUUUUCAAGAUUUUAAAGACCUACCUAUACAUUAGUUAUUGCUAAAAAUUAUAGUGUUUUUUUCUUAAUAUUUAUACCGCAAUUGGGUUUGUAAUCAGGCGAAUUGCUCAAUUGGAAGUAUAUACACAAAAUUUGUAUUUAGGCAACGCAAAUCAGGGCUAAAACAUAAAUCAAAAUGAUCACUACUUCAUCUACUAAUUGUUAUAUAAUUCGGUUAUUCAUUGAAAUUGUUAAAAGGAACGAUUAAAUCAUACGCUGAACUGAACUCCCUAUAAUAUAAUUAUACAUAUAUUCAUACUCAUUCGUAUGCGAAAUCCCGUAGAUGUCUUUGAAGUCGAAAACUAUAAGUUUUAAGCACACACAUUGUAUUCAUUUAUUAUCGGCAUGCUCAUGGCCCAUGGCUCACAUAACAAUCACAAUCGCAACAGAAUAAUCUUAAAUAAUAACAAUAGUUAACAAUUCCUCUAGUAUUAUACACACAACUGAAUCACCGGAAUCACCGCAUAGGUAUUCUCGUAAGCUAUGUACAUGUUUAGAAACACCGGCCGAAGCUAUGAAUGUAAUUUUAACUUUUGUAAAAAAACGAAAAGUUGAAAUAUAUAUACACCCCUAUGUGAA